AUGUCCAUUAUUAUUGGUGCCUCGCGAGUAAAUGAUAAGAAACGACAGAUAAUAUCUUAUUUACGGCUAACCAGGAUUUCAAAUUUAUCGAUUCCCUUAAAAACUCAGAUUAAAAUGUUUAUGAAUCAAGUAUCGGUUUUUGAAUCAGAAGAAAUGACAGCUUAUGGAAUUUAUAAUAUUAACUUGAAUCUAGUUAUAUCAAUCAUUGUAUUACUUAUUUCUGGAUUGACAACAAUGAUACAAAUGAAAGAACACCCAUUUAUAUUGCAAACGAUUAAUUCUACAGUGAAUUUCUAUCAAAAGUUGAAUAUAUCAAGCUAG